AUGAAGAUGGUAGAGUUCUUUAGUAGUGAUUAAAACUCAAUAAAAGAUAUAGGAAUGCUACUUAAUUAAUAAAUUACUCAAUAGAAACAAUAAGUCAAUACAAAUAGAGUUAACAAUAUAUGA